CUGCGCUGCACGACGUUACGAGUUUAUUAUCAGCAGUAGCAGUUCAACGACAACGAAAACACAAAUUAAAUUAAAUCAAACCAAAAUCAACUUUUAACUUGAGUGAUACACUUGCAUUUUGUCGAUAAUUAUUAACUAGUGUAACUUCUGUUAGUUUUGAUCUUAAAAUAGAUGUAAAACUUGUAUAAAACAGUGAUUGAGACUUUAACCAGUGAUUUUAUACAUCUUAUUAUACAUGGAUGUUGAUCCUGUGACAUGUUUUGCAUAACAAGAUAAUUAAGUGUGCUUAAAGUCGGUGUGUAAAAGUUUGCAAGCGAUUUACAUGUUUUAACUGCAGUUAAAAGACGCGUAGUUAUGGCCGGCGCGAUGCGAAGCAUCACUCGAUGUGUAUUCACAUGCAAAUUGAGUGGACGUAAACAUUCCGCUUGUUUGGCUAGUUGCAGUGGGAUUAAAUGGCCGCAAGCGACUGGCGAGCGACAUCUGGCGACGAAAUAUGGACUACUUGAUACAGGAACGGAUAUAAUCCCGUUGGCAGAUGCGAAGAGGUUCAUGACGGAUUGCAUGAUGGCGGUGGGCAGUCCACGUGAGCAUGCUGAAGCACUGGCAGUGCUGCUCGCUGAAGCCGACUACCGGGGCCACUACAGCCACGGGAUGAAUCGCCUCGAUAUGUAUGUGAGUGAUAUCCAAUAUGGAAACUGUGAUCCCAAAGCAAAACCUAGUAUACUCAAAGAAUCCCCAGCAACUGCCUGGGUCCAUGGUAAUAAUGGUAUAGGUGCAGUUGUAGGCAACUUUUGUAUGGCCUUAGCUAUUAAAAAGGCUAAAGAAGCCGGCGUUGGAUGGGUUGCAUGCAAAGGAUCUAACCAUUAUGGUAUCGCCGGAAUGUACACUAUGCAAGCAAUGGCUUCUGGUCUCCUAGGAAUGAGUUUCACCAAUUCAUCACCAUUUCUUACUCCGACACGUAGCAAACAAGCUUCCCUUGGUACAAACCCAAUUUCAUUAGCAGCACCCUCAAAAGGUGACCCCUUUGUGCUUGACAUGGCCACAACAGCAGUAGCAGUUGGAAAGAUUGAAAUGGAACGACGUAAAGGCAACCCUAUACCACGCGGCUGGGCGUUAGGUCCCACGGGACAAGUGGAAACAGACGCUGAAGUUGCGUUUAAAACCGGCCGUUUGAUGCCGCUCGGAGGCGAAGAGUGCAACUCGGGGUAUAAAGGAUACGGGCUGGGAAUGCUUGUGGAGAUAUUCUGCGGUGUCUUAGGCGGAGCUAACUUUGGGAGGAAUAUUAGGAAAUGGGGCAGUCAGGAUAGUCUCGCCAACUUGGGACACUGUUUCGUCGCUGUGAAUCCCGAGUGCUUUGCACCUGGGUUUACAGGAAGGAUGGAGGAGUUGAUUGAUAUGAUGAGGCAAUCGGAACAGGUGGAUGCGGAUUCUCCGGUUUUAAUAGCCGGCGAUCCGGAACGUGCGCAUAUGAAAGCCGUUGAUGAUCAUGGAGGUGUUCGAUAUGUCAAGGAUCAAAUGGCUACGUGUGCGAAAUUGGCUAAAGAGUUAAAUGUCAAACCAUUGCAAAGUUUAUAAGCCACAUAUUAUAUUAUAAAAUUAAGGUUUGUAUGUGAUACGCAAAAUGUACAAAUAAUAAUUUCUGAUUAAUAAGGGAAGUACUGCUUGAAUGUUGAUAAUAAAUACUUGAAACAUA